UAGUUUCCAAAAUCCACUGUCGCUCCCACAUACGAUUAAGCCCCAUGUCUGAUUUAGCCGAUAAGCACAUUGACGAGUACGCAGAUCACGUCGACCCCGACGCCUACGAGGACCCCGAGCACUACGAGGAAGGCCACGGCGACGAUGCCGACGAUGCCGACGAUGCCGAUGGCCUCGAUGACGAUCCCGAGCUGGCCGCGCUAAAGAAGCAGAUGGAGGAGAUGGAAAAGGAGGCCCAGCGCCUGCGCGAGCUCCAGGAGAAAAUGACAGCCGAGGCGGAGGCUGAAAAGAGCGAAGAGGCUGCGGCGGACGACGUCGACGCACGCUCCAUAUACGUCGGCAAUGUCGACUACGCGUCGACUCCCGAGGGCCUGCAAGAGCACUUCAAGGGCAGCGGCACGAUCAACCGCGUGACGAUUCUGUGCGACAAGUUCACGGGCCACCCGAAGGGAUACGCGUACGUGGAGUUCGCCACGACCGACGCCGUUACCAAGGCGCAGAUUCUCGAUGGGUCCAUGUUCCAUGGCCGGCCGCUGAAGGUUAACCCGAAGCGCACAAAUGUGCCGGGCAUGCAUCGGGGCCGGGGCAGAGGCAGGGGGCGGGGCGGGUACAUGCCCAGGGGACGCGGCUACGGGGGGUAUCGGGGACGUGGGCGGGGCGCCUAUUACUCGCCGUACUGA